GCGAAGUUAUUCGCAGGACCUCUAGAUCUCUUUCGUCUCUUCCGCGACCGCAUGUAUGCUUCGUACGGCCUAUUUGCAAGGGAUGUGCAGCAGAAUGCAUUCGAUACUUCAAGAACUUCCGGUAGUUCUUCUGUGUCGCUUGUGUCUUUGAAGUCAUCUGCUUCAUCUUCUUCUUCUUCAGCCAGUGCGUCUACAACAACAACUCAAGUAAUUCGUGUAGUUUUUCUGCAAAAUAAGCGUUUUACGGAGCGCGACCUGAAUGAAAUCAGACUAGCUGGAGGGCAGCUGAAUGGAAAAAUGAUGACUAUGAGGACAACUACUCGUCCUCCGAGUGGAACGAAACAAGAAGUAGCGCAAGAAGUAGUAAAGUUGCAGAUUGAGGGUGUGGAUUUAUGGGGCCGAUCAUGGCAGGAUCAAUUGCGCUUGUGGUUGUCAGGUGAUAUCAUCGUGUCUGGCGCUGGGACAAGUGUCUACAACUCGAUCUGGGCUAGGCCAGGAACUGUCUUCUUGCAAUUUUAUGAUGACAACUUACAAGAAGUGCUGUAGAGCUAGAGGUUGAAGUUGAUGCAUCUUUUUUAGGGUUAAAUCCGUAUCCCGUGCUAACAGGUAGAUAUGAACAUAUUUUAUGAGGCCAUUGCUACGGAUUCAAUGACUGAAACCGAUGCAAGUGGUGUGCCAUACCUCAACAUCUAACAACAAGGAGCAAGCCAUCCUUAUUCAGAAGUAGAGAACGAGUGCGCGGUUGAAAAGAAUGUGUUUGAUGAGACACGAUGGGAAAAAACAACAAGCAGCGAGUCCAGUCCUGGUGCAGGUAAAAGUAAUUCCAGCACAAGCUCCGCUGCUGGCGCUGCAACGUGCUUUCGUGAUACCAAGCGCUCGAUGAUUCCGAAAGAUGUGAUGAGUACGAAGAACACCAAAGAACAACAACUAGGUCCUCGUACAGAAGAGUACGCCUCUUACGAAGAGUCCGAUCUUUUGGGCUACAGCAUACCUUGGGUACGAUUCGACGUCUUGUGUCCUUCUCGCGUAGGCCGAUUUUUAGCAGAGGAUCUGACGAAGCUAGUACUUGAUCACAUUCCAGACGUGCUUCAUGUGAGGCGACAGAGAAGGAAUAAUGCAUCUUGUGAAGACGAGGAAGAGCAUAACUACAGUAGAAGUGUCCUCGCACCUCCGAAAAACCUUUCUGAAGACCAAGACAUCAAGAAAGUAGAAGAAGUAUUGAGCAGCAAGAACAUGGUCAGGGACACUGAGGCACAAUUAGUGGAUACCAGUCAUAUUCCAAGUCGUCGGACAGGACGUAGGAUUUGCUACGAUGCGAAACGGGAGAGAUUUCUUGGUACUACUGAUACAGAGCAGCAUGAUCUAGGGGAUCGCAGCAUGAAAGUGAGAGAACCAAAUACAGCCACGACCCUGAAAUACUCACUCGCAAACCAUCUUCAAGAGAAUUUGACUCCUGUUGGCUCUCUAGUCUACAAGCAAUUUGAAGGCUACAUCGAAGAGACGAGAAGCAAGAGCAAGUUUUCUUCUCUGAUUGACUACGUGGGGAAAGUAUGGGGUAGACGAAACUGGCUUCAGGCGUUUGGCUGUGGUGCUCAUGGACUGUAUGGUAGGGCAAUCGCCUAUGAAUUACCGCGCGUACGGAUGGACUCUUCCUUGGCGUCGACGCAAGUUAUGAUGUAGUUGUUGCAGCUACCCAACUUGGUCUUGAAUUGAUUCAAUACAGGCACACGUGGCUAACCGAAUUCAAGUCACAAUGCGGAGACCAAAUGUUGGAGUAGCCCGCUUCUUCCUACUACUUACGUGAUUUUUUCUCCCUUAAAUCCUUCCAGUUUCCGUCUUUUUGUUCCUCUUUCUUCUUCAUACACUACGUCCUUGCUAGCACAAAGAAUCUAGAGCGCCAAGGGAGCGAAGGAGCGAAGCAGUCUGCGUCAAGUGGAAACAUGAACAAUUUGCAUCUUUUGCUAGAGGAACAGCAAGAACUGAAAGAACAGAAGCUUUCACCUCAGAAACAGAUGUCUUCCACCCGAUCUCGCGCAGGCGGGACUGAUAGCAAGCUGAAUUUGCUGAUCGCGCCCUCGACUCACAACUUGCCGCAAUUGACCAAGAGAGUGCUUCACUCGGUGCGAAACCGCUUGAGCCUCAGAGACGUCUACGAAUACUGUGUGUUGAGCCAAGAAACCUUGCUUGACCCUGUAGAGCGGGAAAGGGAGUAUUUGACUGUAAAGCAGACGUUUCGAAGGGUCCGAAAUGAAGUAAGAUUCGCUUCAGAGAUGUUAAACAUAACGACGCCCAAAGGUAGAGCAGAUGGAUGUAGUACGGAAUGAAGAUCAUAGAAGAUCUCAGUAGCUGUAGUAUAAGUACAUUAAGAUUAAUGCAAAGGAUACGGAUAGAUGAAGAUGGAGAUGGACACGAGAUGGCGGUGAGCGACUACUGUUCUUUUUGUUGAUAACGCAUGAAUGUUCGAAGCCACAAGUUCACCAAAGCAUCAAAAU